AACGAGGUAUACGCCUUGCUGAUUCCUUUUGAGCACGCGUGAGGGCCGCGGAAGACAGAACAGAAAUAUUUGUUAAGCGAGGGACAACGUUCUGAGCAGUUGCGAUGCCAGCAGAAAACCCAAAUGGCGCAGCCGGCGAUGACGCCUCCAAUCAGCGGCUGCACUUCGUCGAGCGACUGGCCUCUGUCCCUUUAGUGGCCGGAGUCUUCGACAUAGUGUCGCAGCGUUGCGCCGCAAUCAAGGCGAGCUCACCGUUGCUCUCGGCGGCUCUGUCAGCAUCUGAGAACGUGGGUGCCGCCGCCAUUGGAUGCUGCGAACAUGUGCUCCGUGUGGGACUGGGUCCGCAGCUGGAACACGUGGACGCGCUCGCGUGUCGGGGCAUCGAGAAGCUGGAGCAGUGCUGUCCGGUCGCUCUCCGCCGACCCGACGAAAUUGCAGCAGACGUGGUUGCCUUCGGUCGCCAGAAGGUUGUGCAAGUGCAGCGUGGCGGUCUUGAGCAGGUUGAGCGGACUCGCAUGGUCAUCGUGGCUGCGGUCCACGCGGCCACACAUCCUGCUGCCGUCAUGGAACUUGUGCACGAUCACGUGUCGCAGCCUGUCAACCGUGCCUUCAAUAACAUAGACGAGGUCCUCGACUUGUGGAUCUCUGCACACGACCCAGCCCACGAUGCCGAUCGCAACAAUGUGGCCGUUUCUCACACUUUUAGCGAGUUGGUUUUCACCACACUGCGCAAGUUCAGCACCGCAGUAACACUACAGUUCGCUUGCGAACGCGCCGCCUUUGAGGAGAUCUCGUGCGAGGCCUACGAGCGCUUUCAGCGCUUCCUGUACAAAACGCCUUCUCGCUCUCAGCCAGCGCAGACUCCUACGGACCACGCCAUCGCCGCUUCGCAGCAUGCUCUGCUGGCUUUCCUCCUCGCUGCCCAGUGUGUUCGACGUUAUUACUGCUCUCUUCUCGCCGACGUCAUGAAAUUCUACCUUGCCUGCACCGAAACUCCUAAGGCCCGCCGGUCACCGUCAGCCUCCGCCGCUUCGGCAUUCCUACAGUCUCAAGAGCUGCCCAACGAUCCUUGCUGUAGCAAGGACUAGAUAUUAGUAGUCCUGCAGCCACUUUAUUCCUUUUUCGCGUAAAAUAAACAUUGC